CAAUAAUGGCGGAUGGACUGGAAGGCACAGCUCGUGAAGAAACAACGACUUUAAGCAAGAAAAUAUCAAAACGAAGCCUCAAAAGACUACAAACUGAAGCUGCUUCAAAGUUGAAAUGCAAAUUAUGUCCCAACAAGAAAUUUAGCUCUCUGAAAAUGUAUGAUGACCAUAUGAUAUCGAAAAAGCACAGAAAAAAUGAAUUACGGAAAGAUACUGUGGGGGUUUGGGUUUGCCAGGCCUGUGAUCUAGUGCUGAGCUCACAGUCAGAGUGGGGAAAGCAUCUCUGUGGUCGUAGGCAUCAUGAAAAACUCAAGGAGUGGAGUGUAACACUGUUUCCAACUACUUAUCCAAUCACGGAACGAGAGAUAGAUCUCCUGGAUGACUCUCAUUAUGAAGAAAUAGAAGAUGAAUAGUGGAUUGGUGAAUUAAUAACUAGCAGAGUUCAAAACUCAGAUGCAAGAAGAUCGAGUGAACUCGUCAGUCUCAAGAUUGAAAUUUUAAUUCCCCUUACUUAUUAUGAGAAAUUUGGUUUCAAUAUGUAAGGAGAAGUAUGGUAUUGAUCGUUCUUGGAGAUGCUGGUGAUGGAUUGUACGUUUGGGUUGCGACGAAGUUGCGUUGAAAACAAAACGGAAGGAACGAGGACGACCGCGAAGCUAGAUUCCAAAUGGAGAAAAAAAGAACAGUUCUUUCCUGGAAGUGGUGGCACUGAGCACUGAGCGAGGGAUAGACUGUAUUUUGAAGCUGCUCUUGUUAGAACUCAAAUUGCUACCAUAAACUGAAAGAUGAAACAGAAACUGAAAUAGACAUGUAAAUAAAAAAAUAAAUUUAGUUCGAAAGUAGUUUGCGAUUAGUAUGAUCUAUGGCGUCACGCUGUCAAACUUCCUCCCAUAGGUCCGGUUAUGUGGAAGUAUGCUUAAAUUGACAAAUAUAGUUAAAUCAUUGCACUGAUCUCUGUUUCCGAUGUUUUCUGUACCCGAGAGGCGAACUCGAUAUCUUCGGAGUGAUUAUCAACUUCGACCCAGGCAGUGAUAUAAAUAUCCAAAGUCACGAAAUAAU